GCGUAAUGGCCGCUCGCAGUGGUGUUCACAAUUGAAGCGCUUCACAACACGGCAACAGACACAAAAAAUAUUUUCGGUCAAAAUUUUCUAAUUAGAAUUUGUGGUCUGCGUGUGCUUGCAGCGGCGGGAUCAGAAGUUCCCGGGAUUUGGGCCUCCAUGCUGUAGGGUUCGUGGCAUCACAAAAACCACUUGAAAGCCAUGGAGAGCGAAAAGAUUCUGAUGGCCGCCGGAGUUACGGUGGCCGCCGUUGUGGGAGCCUUUGUUUUUUGGGGACCCUCAGGUUCCCGAUUGCGCCAACGACGUGGUCAAAUCGCCGGGCUGCAUAACUUUGGACGCACUUGCUUUCUGAAUACUCUGCUUCAGGCGAUGGCCGCCUGUCCCCAGUUUAUAGCAUGGUUGCAAUUGUACAAUAAUGCCUCGCCAGAUCGAAAGAGUCUGAUUACUUCUAUGCUAAAUACUCUGGAGGUGGUUAAUGGCACUCAUGCCACCUUGCGCGGUGAUCCACAUUCACCGGGCGCCGUUCUGCGGGCGCUAAAUGCUCUGGGUUGGGUCAUUCCCCAAGAGGAGCACGAUGCCCAUGAGUUGUUCCAUGUGCUAUUGUCAUCACUGGAAGAGGAGGCUAUACGCCCACAGCCCUUGGGCUGUCUGUCGGAUGCAUUGGCCACGGAUAAUGAUGAAACGAGUAGCUUUGCGGGGACAGCAACUCCAGUUGGAGGCUUCCGGCCGAUUAGCUCGAUGGCAGCGGGUCUUGGAGCCAGCCAAAGGAUUGGUGAUCAACCGAACAGACCCUCGAGUGCCAUGCUCACCGAUUUCCUAAAUAUGGAGUACGAUGAGAGCACCAGCUUGCAGCGAUUAGUGCGUUCCGAAGCUCACACGCCGGACUCACCGGCCUCAGUUUGCGAACGCGAAGGUAACGAUCGUCUGGGAUCGUUGCUCCUGGACGCCGUUUCACCGGGGACACCUUUUGGUUUUCCCCUGGCCAGUGAGCUGGAGUCCCUGGCCACGCCAACGUUGGGUGGCGAACGCAUGUCGCGACCGCGGCUUCCACAAUCUCAGCAGGAGGAGGGCCUUAAUCGACGGGUGUCCAGCUCGUGUCGAUCGCUGGAGCGCUUGCACCGCGGACCCGGUCGGGUGUCUAUCUGGUCAAACAUGAUGCCCAGCCAGGUGGCGCAUCCGUUUCAAGGAGCCAUGGGCGCACAGAUCGUCUGCAAUGGCUGCGGCUCGAAGUCGGCGGUGCGGUAUGAUAAAUUUGAUAGCAUAACCUUGAAUCUGCCGCCGCAGCGCAGGACUGGCUUAAGUUUGGGCCACUUGCUAAGCGAUUAUAUUACAUCAGAGGAUCUGAGCGAUGUAAAAUGCGAUUCUUGUAAUGAAACGACCACGCACACCAAGUCGGUCACGUUCGCUAAACUGCCGGCGUGUCUAUGCAUCCAUGUGGCGAGGACCGUGUGGCUGCCAACUGGUCAGGUGUGCAAGCGACAGGACUACGUACACUUCCCCGAAAGCCUUUCCAUGGCACCAUAUAGCUUCGUUCAGCCGCAUCUCAACAGUCAGGCUGGCACUCCUUGGGGCUCGACGAUGUCGCUGUAUUCCUCCAGCCUGCCUAUGAACAAUGGUGUGGGUGGUGGCGAGGGAUUCGGCACUAUGUUCCCCAAGAACUUGUACCGCCUGCUGGCCGUGGUGGUGCACUCUGGAGAGGCGAACAGCGGUCACUUUGUCACCUACAGACGGGGUUCUUUGCGGAAUGCACAUAGGUGGUUCUACACAUCCGACACGAUUGUACGGGAGGUUAGCAUUGAUGAGGUACUAAGCGUGCCCGCAUAUCUGCUCUUCUACGAUCGUGGACAGCAAAGACAGCUUAACAUGCGCUAGUCAACCGAAGAUCAUUGGAAUCAACAUCCUAGUCAGCACUUGAUGUGAUGGAAAUCCAAAUCAUUUUUAUCGAACAGUGGCCAUAGCGAACUCGCGUCACAUUUAUAUAGAUAUAUAUAUAUAUAUAUAUAACUUACAUAUAUAUAUACGGGAACCCCCGAUCUGAUCUAUACUCGGUGGGUUUAUGUAAUGGUCUCUGCAUAAUGCAUAUUCUAUAUAUUGCAUAUAGCAUAUAGCAUCACCCCCAAGUCACAGAGAACCUCGACUCUUCAUUUGUUAUUUGAUGCAUUUAAGAUUUUUUAAGAAUUCCAAAUUCGUACCGUGCUUUUAGCUGUCUGUAUUUAGCAAUAUACACACAUAAACUACCACUAAUUGUUUGCGCGUUAUUUCUGUAGGAUAGAUGUUCAAUAAAAAUUUGGAAACUA